UAUUGAAUAUUGUACACAAUAUUUCUUGAUUGAUCGUUGAGAAUUGAGAAGAAGAAGCACGAAGACGCGUCGAUUUGUUCCUUUUGUAAACCCAACUUCGUUUCUUUUACUUCUCUUCUUCGAUACGAUCCAUUCAAUUCACUACCUACCUCACUUCACCCACCUUCCCUAUUCUCUCUUUCGCCGCAAAACAAACUCGCUCUCGCAGGAUAUCCUUUUAGGUUAAAUGGCUAGGAUCAAACCUCAGGCUCUGUUACAGCAAAGCAAAAGGAAGAAGGGACCUUCUCGUGUUAGCGCCACAACUAUUAUAUUUUACGCUUUGAUUCUUGUCUUGAUUGGUUUUUUCCUUUUGGCUACAUACAGACAUUGGUCCAACAGGUCAAGAUUACAAUCAGAAGAUCACUUGUCAGUCUCUGAGGGUGAAAAUAGUUUUGUUGACUCGAAGAAAUCGGAGCUACCUGGAUAUGCUGUUUUAAAUACCUCUAAAGGGUCUAUAAUCGUAGAACUGUACAAGGACAGUGCUCCUGAAGCUGUUGAUGAAUUUAUUGAUUUGUGUCAAAAAGGGCACUUCAAAGGGAUGCUUUUUCAGCGCGUAAUUAAGCACUAUGUGAUUCAGGCAGGGGAUGGCCAAGGAACAGGAGCAGCUGAUUGGAACUUAAGAGGAAAGCAACCUACAAGUAUGAAGCAUGAAGCAUUCAUGCUCGGAACAUCCAAGGGCAAACACACCAACAAAGUAUUUGAUCUUUUCAUUACAACUGCACCCAUACCAGAUCUAAAUGAGAAGCUUAUUGUGUUUGGGCAAGUCAUCAAGGGAGAGGAUGUUGUUCAGGAAAUCGAAGAAGUGGAUACCGAUGAACAUUACACUCCUAAAAUAUCUAUUGGUAUACUUGAUGUGACUCUCGAACAGAAGAUCUGAAGGCUCUCCACUAUAUCAUGAGCAUUAUGAGCGCUCACAUUUGCUUAUAACCUGUUUUGGUGCUCCGGUCAAAUCUAUUGUACAGGGAUGACGAACCUUGAGAAGUUCAUCUGAGGUGCAUCUAUCAAGUUUUUGAGCCUUGAUGUAGUUUCUGCUAUUGCUUUUCUAGUUAUGAACAGUGAAACAGGGAUUAUGCAAUCUCUUAUUCUUGCCUCUUUCUGUUACUUUAUUUGGUUUUUUUUUCUUCUUUUCUAUUUAAUUUGAUUUUUGAGAAGGAAAGGGGGUGGAUUUGUCUAUGCUUGUAAGAUUGGUUAUAUUACAUUUUCUUUUUUAUUUUAGCAUCACUCUUCAUUUGUAGCUUCGAUGAGUUCACAAGAACAUUUCACUACGAAGUUCAUUUAUAUUUUGUACUUUUCCUGAUGGCCAAUUUGGUAGCGAGUUAGAAUGCCAAAUUUUGUAAUCUUCUCUUUAA